AUGAAAUUUGUAUUCGUCGAAGCGGUUCGAGUCCGUCGGCCAGUUGGGCUCCGGUUGAAGCCAAACGGCGUCCAGACCGAGCAUUGGCGCUCGUAUUCCCGCAGUCACCGCACCUCCCGCCUUCUUCAUUGCCGCAAAGUUGCAGUCACGCAGGUCUUGAGUUCGAGACCCACCCCUUCGGCGCUUCUGCAGACAACAGCCGACACCAGCAAGUCGACACUGACGACCACUUUCCACGCCUUGACGCCUCCAACCGCCUGGCGCUUCUUAGCCGGUGGCCUCAAUCAGACUGAUUUGUAG